CAAGAGGUUGAGGAUGUUCAAGAUGUUUGAGUACUUGAGGAGCUCAGUUGUGCCUGGAACCUGCAGAUGAGUGAACUAUAGUGUUGUAGUGGAUCAAGCCCUGGUAUGUCACAGGAUACAUCCAGUGACCUGGUGGGCCUGGACAACCUGGUGGCCAACACAGCCUACCUCAGAGCUCAGCAGGUAGACUACGAUGAGCUGAGGAAGCGGAGAGUCUCGCUGACGCUGCCAAAACCAAAGAACUCCUCUGGUCUCUUGCUGGACAGGAAGUACGAGUCAGUGUGCGAGCAGCAGCCUAUUGGGAGGAAGUUGUUCCAGGAGUUUCUCCUGGCCUCUAACCCGCAAUAUGUGGCCGCUGCUGAGUUCCCAGAGGAGCUGAGUCACUGGAGAUUUGCUGAAGAUGAAGCCAGAGAGAAGGCCAAACGGAGCAUCCUCGCUAAGUUCUGUCAACCUGAGUCCAAGAGUUUUCUCUCCUACCUCACAGGAGAGGCGGCUGAAAUAUGUAAGAACUUAUCAAACAAGAACUUUGAUGAGGAGGCGUUGGAGCAGAUAAAAGAAGCAACAAGGGACUUCCUGAGGGGGAAACCUUUCUUAGAGUUCAUGAAAAGCCCCUUUUUUUAUAGGUUCUUGCAGUGGAAGGAGUACGAGAAGCAGAAGAUCACUAACAAAUACUUUUAUGAGUUCAGGACUUUGGGAAAAGGUGGCUUUGGUGAGGUGUGUGCUGUGCAGGUGAAAUACACGGGCCAGAUGUACGCCUGCAAGAAGUUGGAUAAGAGUCGCUUGAAAAAGAAAGGUGGGGAGAGGUUUGCCCUUCUGGAGAAGCAGAUCCUGGAGAAGGUCAAUAGCCUCUUCAUUGUAAACCUGGCUUAUUCUUAUAACGACAAGACCCACCUGUGCCUGGUCAUGGACCUUAUGAACGGAGGAGACCUCAAGUUCCAUAUCUAUGAGUUGGGGGAGCGGGGUAUCCGCAUGGAGCGUCUUAUUUACUACACGGCCCAGAUAACCACUGGCAUACUCCACCUGCACUCUAUGGACGUCGUGUACCGGGAUAUGAAGCCUGAGAACGUUCUGCUGGAUGCUAAAGGACAGUGUCGACUGUCAGACCUUGGAUUAGCCGUGGAGCUACCAAAGGGCAGGACAAUCUGCCAGAAGGCUGGUACGACUGGUUACAUGGCUCCUGAGAUUCUGAAGCAGGAGAACUACCGCAUAUCCGUGGACUGGUGGGCUCUGGGCUGCAGCAUCUAUGAGAUGGUGGCUGCCCGUUUGCCUUUCAAAGACUUCAGAGAAAAGGUGCAUAAUGAGGAGGUGACACGUCGCACUCUGGAGGACGAGUGCAAGUUUGAACACAAAAACUUUGACGAUCCCACCAAAGACCUCAUAAGCCGCUUUCUCAGGAAGAAGCAGCUGCAUCGCCUUGGGAGCCGUGGUGAAGACCCACGAAGUCAUCGGUUUUUCCAGAGCAUCAAUUUCCAUCGCCUGGAGGCCGGGCUGGUGGAGCCGCCCUGGGUGCCAAAAUCCAAUGUGGUCUAUGCCAGGAACACGGAUGAGUUCAGGGACAACUCUGAGGUCGAGAACAUUAAGUUUGAUGCCAAGGACGAGAAAUUCUUCAACGAGUUCAGCACAGGCGCAGUCUCAGUGAGGUGGCAGAAGGAGAUGAUCGACAGCGGAGUGUUUGACGAACUGAACGACCCCAAACUGAACGGUCAUGGCUGCGAAUCUGUGUGGACAUCAAGGAUGUGCGUCAUAAUGUAAGGAUCUCAUCGUUAUGUACAACUGGACAAGCAGCAAUACAUGAAAGUCCUCUAAUUUAAUUUAUUCAAAGUGCCUAUAAUACUAAAAGAAAUACCUCACUUACCUUUUUAAACAGCAACUGGAUUUUUUUUGUUUUGUUUUUUAAAGAAUUUUUUGGGCCUUUUAUUGCCUUUAUGAUAGAGAUAGCUGAAG